GAAAGUUCCUCUGUUUCGAGACGUAAUCGGACUUCAAAUCGGGUACUCGCCGGAGUUUAGGAAUUCCUUUCACGUCCGGCGUUGGGGUUUUUCUCAAAUUUCAUCCAGGGAGAAUUCCGGGUGUUUCCCUUAUUGAGGCUUUGUUCUGGUUCUAUAUGAAGUUGAAUUUACGAUCUCUUGCGAGUUCGGGAAGAAUUCGGGAAUUCGCGUGAUGUUUACGCCGCAGAGGAAGGUCUGGGCGGGUUGGUCGCCGACGCCUCACAAGAAGGGGGACGGCUCGGCUUCGAAUGGGGUGAAGGAUGGGACUGGUGGCGGGAGGGGCAAGGAGUUGGCAUUGGCUGAACCCGUGACGCCAAUUGGAGUUGGAUCGGACGAGCCUGACGGGUUGCCAGAGAAGGUCUCUAGGCUAGAAAAUGAGCUUUUUGAAUACCAAUACAACAUGGGGCUUCUCUUGAUUGAGAAAAAGGAGUGGACUUCUAAGUAUGGAGAACUCAACCAAACAUUGUUAGAAGCAAAGGAAGCCCUCAAACGUGAAGACCUUGCACAUUCAAUGGCUAUGGAAGAUGUUCAGGAGCAGGAAGAGAAAUUGAAGAAGGCACUGGGUGUCGAGAAGCAGUGUGUGCUUGAUCUAGAGAAGGCUUUGCGUGACAUUCGUUCAGAAUUGGCAGAAACCAAGUUUACGGCGGAUUCAAAGCUCUCAGAAGCAAAUUCUUUGAUUGCUAGUGUAGAAGAGAAGUCAUUAGAGGUGGAGGUAAAGUUGCGUGCUGCUGACGCUAGGCUUGCUGAGGUGAGUAGAAAGUGUUCAGAGAUUGAGAGGAAGUCACAAGAGUUAGAGUCUCGUGAAAAUGCACUUCGAAGGGAACGCUUAUCCUUCAUUGCAGAACAAGAGACACAUCAGAGUUCUCUGUUGAAACAGAGGGAGGACUUGGUAGAAUGGGAAAGAAAACUUAAAGAUGGAGAAGAAAGGCUAGCCAAAGGUCAAAGAAUUGUGAGCCAAAGAGAGGAGAGGGCAAAUGAAAAUGAUAGGAUUUUCAAGCAGAAAGAGAAGAGCCUCGAAGAGAUACAAAAGAAGAUUGAUGCAGCUAACCUAACUUUGAAGGAGAAAGAAGAUAAUAUAAAAAAUAGGCUGUCAAAUUUGACUUUGUUAGAGAAGGAAUCAGAUGAUCUUAGAAAGAAGUUAGAGCUGAAAGAGAAGGAAUUGCUUGCAUUGGAGGAAAAGCUUAAUGACAGAGAGAAGGUUGAGAUUCAGAAACUUGUGAAUGAACAUAAUGCCAUUCUAGACCAGAAGCAGCGUGAAUUUGAGUUAGAAAUUGAGCAAAAGAGAAAAGCCCUGGAUGCAGAUCUUAAAAGCAGGGUGAUUGAAGUGGAGAAGAAGGGAGCUGAAGUCAACCACAAGGAAGAGAAGGUUGCAAAGCGAGAGCAGGCAUUAGAUAAGAGAUUGGACAAAGUUAAGGAAAAAGAGAAGGAAUAUGAAUUAAAAUUGAAAGCUCUGAAGGAAAGAGAGAAGGCUAUUAAAAUAGAGGAGAAGAACUUGGAGACAGAAAGGAAACAGUUGCUCGCUGAAAAAGAGGAUCAUUUGAGCCUUAAGGCUGAAGUUGAGAAGAUCAGGGCUGAAAAUGAAGAACAGCUAUUAAAGAUAAGUGAGGAGAAUGACAAGCUUCGGGUAACUGAAGAGGAGAGAUCUGAGUAUCUCCGCUUGCAAUCAGAAUUGAAAGCAGAAAUAGAAAAAUGCAGGCAUCAGGAAGAGCUGCUUUUGAAGGAAACUGAGGAUUUGAGGCAGCAGAAGGAAAAUUUUGAGAGAGAGUGGGAAGAAUUGGAUGGGAAAAGAGGAGAGAUUGAGAAAGAGGAGAAGAGUUUUAGUGAACAGCAGGAGAAGUUUGAAAAAGAGAAACACACUGAAGAAGAGAGGUUAAAAAGUGAGAAGCAGGUGGCAGAAGAGUACAUAAAAAGGGAGCUGGGAGCUCUUGAAGUUGCAAAAGAGUCAUUUGCAGCCAGUAUGGAACAUGAACGGUCAGUAAUGGCUGAGAAAGCUGAAAACGAGAGAAGCCAAAUGCUUCAUGAUCUUGAGUUACAGAAAAGAAAACUUGAAGGUGAUUUGCAGAGCAAGCAUGAGGAGAUGGAAAAGGAAUUGCAAGAGAGGAAAAAGUUGUUUGAGGAAGAAAAGGAGAGGGAUUUAGACAAUAUUAAUCAUCUGAGAGAGGUUGUUAGGAGAGAAAUGGAAGAAACUAAGCAGGAAAGACUUAAGAUACAAAAAGAAAGACAAGAAAUUGAUGCCAGUAAAACGCAUCUUGAAGGGCAACAAAUUGAAAUACGAAAAGACAUUGAUGACCUUGUUGAACUUAGCAAGAGGUUGAAGGAUCAAAGGGAACAACUUAUCACAGAGAGGAGUCGCUUCAUUUCAUUUGUUGAGAAACAAAAGAGCUGCAAUAAUUGCAGUGAAAUUAUCUCUGAAUUUAUGCUUUCUGAUUUGCAAUCAUUACAAGAAAUAGAUAAUGCUGAUGUCCUUCCGCUUCCAAGACUAGCUGAUGAUUAUGUGAAUGCCAGAGCUCAUGGAAAUUUAGCUGGAUCUGGGAGGCAACAAGGUGAGAUGUCUCUGGCUGUUGAUUCAGGAUCUCCUCUUUCAGGUGGAACCAUGUCGUGGCUGCGUAAAUGCACUUCAAAGAUAUUCAAACUUUCUCCUGGCAAAAAAGAUGAUUCUCAUCAUGUGAAAAAUUUGAAAGAGGAUUUUCUCUCUGGUGAACAAGUUGAGGAAGAAGCGUCAAAAAGAUUGGGAAGUACUGAUAAUGGUCAGGAGCUGUCAUUUGCCAUUGUUGAUGAAUCUUUUGAUGCUCAGAAGGCCAAAUCUGACACUAGCAUGAGACAUGUUGAUACUCCUAAGGAUCAAUCAACUGAUGAUCAGAGCAACAUUAACAUUAAGGUGGCAGAAGAUCCAGGGAAUGGUCAGCCUUCUAAUUUGAAUAGUGGUCAACAGCCUCGAAAGAGAGGCAGGCCUAGAGUUAAUAGAACUCGCUCUGUUAAGGCAGUUGUUCAAGAUGCUAAGGCUGUACUUGGGGAGGCUGGGCAUCCAAAUGGAAUUGCAGAGGAUUCUGACAAUGUUGACAGAGAAAGCCGAGAUGAAUCUAGCCUUGCUGGUAGAGGAACAUCAAGAAAUGCACUGAAGCGGAACCAUGCUCAAACAUCUCAAUUUACUUUGAGUGAGCAAGCUGGUGAUGAUAGCGAUGGGAUUUCUGAUAGUGUUACAGCAGGCAAGCGAAGGAACACGAGACAAAAGGUUGUUGUGGCUCUCGAAUCUCCUGGCCAGAAAAGAUACAAUCUCCGGCGACCCAAAGGUGGAGUGAAAGUUGCCAAAGCCUCAUCAGACAGCAACAGGGAGAAUAGGGGACUUGCUGGGGAUCAGGUGAAUGAAAAUGGUGGAAGCAGAAAUGUUCCACAGUCUGAGGCUCAGGAUGGUGAUCCUGAUUCAACAAAAAAAUUGGUUGAGACUGUAGCAUUCAGUGAGGUUGAUGGGACCCCAGAAGGGAUUGGAGAGUAUGUUGAAGGAGACUACCAUAGUGAAUCCCGCACUGAUGGUGCUGGUGGGGAUGAAGACGAUUCUGGGGAUGAGGAUGAUGAAGAGGAAGAGUCCGAGCAUCCAGGCGAAGCCUCAAUAGGAAAGAAGCUCUGGAAAUUUUUCACCACAUAAUAGUCAUGCACUGAAUCCCGUUUCAAGGUGUACUGUUACAUCAAACUUUUUUCGAGAUUUGUUGGUAGGAGCUUUUAUCUCCACUAGUAGGUGUGUAGUGGCAAUUUAAAUGUAGCUGUAGCCACAUAAUCUUGAUUUAGGUGGGGGGAUUGGGUUUUUCUUCACCCUCAUAUCUUUAGUUAGAUUCAGAGAGUACCGAGGUUUCUCAUUCUUCUCUUUUGGUGUACCAUAAAUACAAUAGUUUCCUUUCUUUUUUUCAUUUUGGGUAUUUCGCCAUAAAUACUAGAUGAUCUGAUGUAUUAGCAUUUACCAGUGUAUGGCUAAUACUGGAGCCCGCUCCCCGUCAUCAAAAAAUUGUUUGUAUCAAAUGCUUAAAUCUUUGUGGGAAUGAUUGUUUGCAUUUUGUAAUUUAUCAAUGUCUAUGUUAAGAUUUCGUUAUAAGAAAAUGUAAAUUUAAAU